GUUGGUUCUUUUUUAAGCCGACUGCGAGUCAAAAUUCAACUGCUGAAAACUGCAAUGCUGCGCAAUGCUCAAUAAGAUCUACCACUGAGUUUUCUUGUGCAAUGUUCUAGGAAUCUGGCAGGCCUGCACUCACUAGUAUUAUCAUCGACGUCGCUAACGCACAAUUGACAUAAAAUAUAUAGAUCUACCUAGAUAUUGAGUCUCUAUAGAAUUGAAACUUGCUUCAAUUUGUUUUGUAAUUCUCUACCUGAAUCAGAGACAUGAAUAACAAAACGUUGCUCAAGCAAGGUGCCGAGGCAAGGCUCUUCAAGGCUGACUUUUAUGGUCGUCCAUGCAUCGUAAAGGAGCGUUUCAAAAAGAAUUACCGACACCCAACUCUGGAUAAUACUUUAACUGCACAAAGGCUUAAAUCUGAGGUUAGAGCCAACCUCAGGUGUCGAAUGGCUGGAAUACUCACCCCAACUGUUUAUAUGGUCAACUUUGAAAACAGCAGCAUCUACAUGGAGCUCGUUGAUGAUGCCAUCACGGUGCGAGAACACAUUGCUGGUGUUCAAGAGCAAGACAGAUCCACAGCUAAUGAUGUACUGAAGCCGCUUGCUGUGAAAAUUGGACAAACUCUUAGUAAAAUGCAUGAAAAUAACAUAAUUCAUGGGGAUCUAACCACAUCUAAUAUGUUGCUCAAAGGCGAACCCUCUGACGUGAAGCUGUUACUUAUCGACUUUGGUCUGAGCUCCUUUGAAGCUUCUGCAGAGGACAAAGGGGUGGAUCUGUAUGUCUUGGAACGUGCUUUCCUCAGCUCUCAUCCAAAUACCCAGCAGCUGUUUGACUGUAUCUUAAAAUCUUACAGAGAGUCAACCAAGAAUAAGAAGUCGUGUGCUGAAAUUAUUUCAAAGUUAGAUGAAGUUAGGUUGAGAGGUCGAAAGCGAACAAUGGUUGGAUAAUUUGUUUACCUAACAUUUCUGUUAUUGCCUUUUGCUUUUUUGUUGAGCUUAAGCUGAAGUUUUAUCAUAUUCAUGUCAUCAAUUCGAAGUUAUAUCAUAUUCAUGUCAUCAAUUCGAAGUUAUAUCAUAUUCAUGUCAUCAAUUCGAAGUUAUAUCAUAUUCACGUCAUCAAUUCUCAUUCUGUAUUUUAUUGACACUGAAUGCUGGUACAAUGUACCUAUGUAUUGUUUAUGUCACUUUUUCCUCACCAUGUGUACAGUACAGUCUUUAUGCUGUGGUCAGCUUGUCCAUUACUGGUACUAUACCACAGUGGUCCCUGUCCAUAACUCAGGAAUGAUGCGAUAUCUCUGUUAUAGCUGGACCCUCUCAUAGACGGGGAUCAAGUUUACAUACACUAUACCCCUCAGAGACAGUGGAACAUCAUCUGUUCUUCUGUAGAAAACUAACUGAUUUAAGGGGAUGUUUUCUUCCCAAGCUACCCCACACAUCUAAUUGCCUUUACUCCUCAAGAAAACAAUUAGAACAAACAUGCAGCUAUUACCGAAUGGCAUCAUACAGAAGAGUUAACGCUCAGAUGCUACUGGAUCGCUAACAGCAACAACAACAUACACUAUACCUAAUGAUUAACAACCGGUACCAAACUUCUCUGACAGACUAACAUAGAUUAGGUUCUACUGAAUUAUCAAUAAUUGUUACUUUCUUUUUAAGUGAUAAUUUUUUUCUCCUCAUCUUUAUCUUCCUUUUUUCCCAUAGUAUCUUUUAUUCUUAGUGUAGUCUCAUGGAGGUUGAGUCGACUUAUCUAGAGAUGACAGGUAACAAUAAUGAUUGCAUUUUUAUGUCCGUGCUCUCUAGAGUCUGCAACAUGCUGUGUACACUUUACAACUUUAAAAAAUCGAAUAGUUACCACAGUUAGGGAAAGGACCACAUAUAUGCGGUAGAUCCAGUGCCCAGUGCCUACUUUUCAUUCAGUCAUUUAUUCCGGCUACAAGUACAAGUCUCACCUCCCAAUGGGGAGACAAUAUGAUGAUGUGGUGCCAGACCAAGGCCACACUAAGUCACGGACUGAAUACACCAAAGUGCAUUUGGUUUCCCCCCUCCCUCCCCAGAACACACACUACGAUACAUUAUAAAAUGUACACAAUCAACUUCUAAGACCUACUGUGGGUCAUGCAAAAAUCCAAUUUGCUAUUAUUGUGAAUAUAAUUUUUGCUUCAUUUGUUUUUUUUUCUGCUGUCUUGUCUGUUUGUUUUCAAUAGCAUUUUCCGAUGGUUGGACCGCUGUUAUAGUAUAGCUGAUCAUGUCUGUCAGAAUGCCUGCUUUGAAAGAACUUUUGUUUACUGUGCAUUAUGAAAUGAAAGACUGGACUUGGGGAUUUAUUACAGGCCUGCUGUUGCCAGAAUCCUGUUAUAACAGUGCCUGUUAUAAAUGGGGCCCACUGCAAAUCUCUUGAAAAUUUAUCUCUCCUAAUUUUAGAGCCCUCUUGAGAUAUCAAAGUAAAAUUCAUUAAAAGUAAUAAAAGUUGAACAAAAGGCA